UUCGGUAAUUUUACGAAUGGAUGGAUAAGCUCGGAAAAUGUGUUUGUUGCGCCUACCAGAAAAGGGGAAACGUUACCAAAGUGGGCCGACCUACUGAAAAACGAACUUUUCGUCGUCCUCGAGGAAGGAGAAUGCGAGAGCAAAUUAUUCUGGAGAAAGAGUCUUUCUCCAGAAGAGUUUGCUCUCCGUGCGGAACAAAGGUUAGAAACUUUGCCCCGGGAAACUGCACGGCGAUGCUUUCGCAAAUUAGAGAAGAACUGAACACGCCAACUGACAAUGAACAAUUAUUGCGAUUGAAAAGAAUGAGUAAAUCCCCUCAUUCCAAUCCAGGUCUUGGUGAUUUAGCUCGGUAA